UGCAAACCACUCCCCGCCACUCGCAGUACAGAUUUGGUGAGAGAGAGAGAGAGAGAGAGAGAGAAUGGCGUUGAGAGCUUUACAAACCCCUCAAUCGAAACUCAGCACCUUCUUCCACAUCUCAAGACCGACCGUAAGAACUACCCCUCUGCUCCGAUGGGGGUCAAGAGCCCUGGUUCUUCCGCAACAGCGGCGACCGCGGCGGAGUGUGGCCGUGGCGUGUGUGAAAUUGGAGGACGAGGAGAAAGUGUCGGAGAAGACGGGGAGCGAGUGGGGGAAGGUGUCGGCGGUGCUGUUCGACAUGGACGGAGUGCUGUGUGACAGCGAAGAGCCCUCGAGGAGGGCUGCAGUCGACGUGUUUGCCGAAAUGGGAGUCCAAGUCACCGUCGAUGACUUCGUGCCGUUCAUGGGCACUGGUGAGGCAAACUUCUUAGGGGGUGUUGCUUCAGUGAAGGGUGUUGAAGGGUUCAACCCUGAGGCAGCGAAGAAAAGGUUUUUUGAGAUAUAUCUCAAUAAGUAUGCAAAGCCAAACUCCGGAAUAGGAUUCCCUGGUGCCCUUGAACUCAUUACUCAGUGUAAAAGGAAGGGGCUCAAAGUUGCUGUUGCAUCUAGUGCAGACCGAAUCAAGGUCGACGCAAAUUUAGCGGCUGCUGGUCUACCAUUGUCAAUGUUUGAUGCUAUUGUAUCAGCAGAUGCAUUUGAGAAUUUGAAGCCUGCUCCUGAUAUAUUUUUGGCUGCAUCGAAGAUUUUGAACGUGCCCAUUAGUGAGUGUAUUGUCAUUGAAGAUGCUUUAGCUGGAGUGCAAGCUGCCAAAGCAGCACAAAUGAGAUGUAUAGCUGUGACAACAACAUUAGCAGAAGAGACUCUAAAAACAGCCAGCCCUGCACUUAUCAGACAGGAUAUAGGAAGUGUUUCAGUUGAUGAUAUCCUCUGUGGUGGCUCUAGUUGCCAUAAUGAGAAGAUGCAGGGGUCCCACUUACCUAAUUCUUCUGGACAAACUUCAGCAGCAUUGCUCGUGGACGUAACAGCGAGUAGGCCCAUUAUGGGUAUAAAUUCUGCAAAUAAUGAGGUCUUCUCCAUUGGAGGAUUGCAGGGUUCACGGAGAGAUAUUGUAAGAUAUGGAAGUUUGGGUAUUGCCAUCUCUUGUCUUGUUUUCACCAUUACGAACUGGAAGGCAAUGCAAUAUGCAUCUCCAAAAGCCGUAUGGAAUUCGCUAUUUGGAGUCAGCAACAGUCCCUCUUUUGGACAGAAUGAAGGUGCUGACCUUUGUGGAUCCGGUUCUGCUAGAGUCCAACAAUUUGUGAACUACAUAUCUGAUUUGGAAACCAGGGGAACCGCUUCUAUUGUGCCGGAGUUUCCAUCAAAACUUGAUUGGCUAAAUACUGCUCCCCUUAAGCUAAACAGGGAUUUGAAAGGAAAAGUGGUUCUUCUCGAUUUUUGGACCUACUGUUGUAUUAACUGUAUGCAUGUCCUGCCGGAUCUAGAGUUUUUGGAGAAAAAAUACAAAGAUAUGCCUUUUACCGUUGUCGGAGUGCACUCUGCAAAGUUUGAUAAUGAGAAAGACCUAGAAGCUAUCCGGAAUGCAAUCCUACGAUAUGGAAUUACUCAUCCUGUUGUCAAUGAUGGAGAUAUGUCCCUGUGGCGAGAACUAGGUGUCAAUUCAUGGCCUACAUUUGUUAUUGUGGGGCCCAAUGGUAAGCUCCUUGCGCAAAUAUCAGGUGAAGGUCGCCGAAAGGAUCUUGAUGAUUUAGUGGAAGCAGCUCUUCUGUUCUAUGGUAGAAAAAAAAUGUUGGACAGCAAACCUAUUCCUUUGAGUCUGGAGAAGGACAAUGAUCCGCGUUUAUUGACAUUUCCCUUGAAGUUUCCAGCAAAGCUAGCAGUUGACGUCCUCAACAACCGGCUUUUCAUUUCAGACAGUAAUCAUAACCGCAUUGUGGUUACUGACCUAGAUGGGAAUUUCAUUAUCCAAAUUGGGAGCACAGGAGAGGAAGGUUUUCAUGAUGGUAGCUUUGAAGAUGCUGCCUUUAACCGGCCACAGGGUCUUGCUUAUGAUGCGAAGAAAAAUCUGCUUUACGUAGCUGAUACUGAAAACCAUGCGUUGAGGGUGAUUAAUUUUGUUGAUGAGAUGGUGGGGACACUUGCUGGAAAUGGAACCAAAGGUUCUGAUUACAAAGGGGGAGGAAGGGGAACUACUCAGCUCCUCAAUUCUCCAUGGGAUGUCUGCUUUGAGCCAGUCAAUGAGGUUGUUUACAUUGCAAUGGCUGGGCAGCAUCAGAUUUGGGAGCAUAAUACGUUGGAUGGUGUUACAAGAGCUUUCAGUGGUGAUGGUUAUGAGAGAAACUUGAAUGGUUCAAGCUCUACAAGUACAUCAUUUGCACAACCAUCUGGAAUUUCCUUAUCACCUGAUUUGAAGGAGGCAUAUAUUGCUGAUAGUGAAAGUAGCUCUAUUAGAGCACUGGAUCUGAAAACAGGAGGAUCAAGAUUACUAGCCGGUGGUGAUCCAUUUUUUGCUGAGAAUUUGUUCAAGUUUGGAGAUCAUGAUGGUGCGGGGUCUGAAGUUCUUCUUCAACAUCCAUUGGGUGUCUUGUGUGGGAGGGAUGGUCAAAUUUAUAUUGCCGACUCUUAUAAUCACAAGAUCAAGAAGUUGGAUCCAGCAAGUAAAAGAGUGUCUACUGUAGCAGGUACAGGCAAAGCCGGUCUCAAGGAUGGGAUGGCCCAAGUAGCUCAGCUUUCAGAGCCAUCAGGAAUCAUUGAGGCACAAAAUGGAAGGCUUUUCAUUGCUGAUACAAACAAUAGUGUAAUUCGACAUCUAGACCUGAACAAGGAGGAACCUGAACUCCUUACUUUAGAGCUGAAAGGAGUUCAGCCUCCUAUACCAAAAUCGAGAUCAUUGAAACGGCUUAGACGGCGAUCAUCAGCAGACACAGAUACAGUUAAAGUUGAUGGGAGUUCAUCCAUUGAGGGCAACUUAUACCUUAAAAUAUCUGUGCCAGAAGGGUACCAUUUCUCAAAGGAAGCACGUAGCAAGUUUAGCGUAGAAAUUGAGCCUGAAAAUCAAGUGGUUAUUAAUCCAGUGGAUGGGUACCUCAGCCUAGAAGGAUUUGCAUCACUUCAUUUUAGAAGAUCAUCCCCUUCAGCUUCCAUGGGGAGAAUUAAUUGCAAGGUUUACUACUGUAAGGAGGAUGAGGUCUGUUUAUACCAGUCUCUUAGCUUUGAAGUGCCUUUCCAAGAGGUUAUUCCAGACUCUAAACCAGCAGAAAUUGCACUUACGUAUCUUGUUAAGCCCAAAACUUCCACGGGCAGCUUGCAGCUUCCGGUUGCUCGCUGACUACAAAGGUACGACACGUAAAUCUUUUCGAAAUUACUUUUCUCGCUUUUAUCACAGAAUUACGGCCUUCAAUUGGAAAAGUAGUUGGUUAUAACAUGUCAAAAUAAAGUGUUAUUUACAGUAUGAAAGGAAUAUUUAUUGUUUAAGCAGCACAUAACUCCUCUCUUUUGGCUUCAAAUUGCAGUUUAAAAGAAUCAUAUAUAAUAGGAGUAACUGAUUAUGUUUCUGUGAAUCUGUAUGAUACAUAUUGAAUUCAUGUUUGUCCAUAUCGCUUCCCGUAACUGCCACCGCAUCCUCGCUCUCCCCGAUGACAACCACAACCUCGGAAAUCGAUUGAGCGCGGCGGCCAUGGGCUAAGAAGUCAUUGUCCAUGGCUGAAACAAUAACAGAUGUUCUUGUUUUAUGAUGAUAUUUGCAUUGUCAACGUCAUCUUUUUCUGUAAUAAGCAAGGGAUGAAUUGAUAAACAAGGCACACGCUCGUGUUUUAUUGGUCGAGCGAUGAUGGUUUAGUCAAUAAUUAGGUAUUACUUAAUUAGAGGACCAAGUUAAGCCCCCUACAAACCAAGCAAAGAAAUAGUAUGUGUAACCAGAUUAAUGAAACCAUCUUAUUAAUUAAACAAAGCUUUAAAGGAAGUAGUGUGUGGUUGAUCAACAAAUUUUUUAAUCAGUUUAAGCUUUAAGAUCAAUCCAACUAUAAUUAUAUUAUCAGAUGACAGCGCAAAACUCGCUGGUUCCACCUAAUCCCAUGUUCAUAUAUACAGUAUUAUCCUUAAAACUUUUCUGGCUGAAUAUUUUUUUAUGAAGUGUUGGCGCAACAAAUGCAGGUGGGUUCUAUAAACUGACUGAGUCAAUUUGUUUUUCAUCUUCCCAUGGACUCAGUCCUUCAAUUUCUUUUUCAUCUUCUUGGGGGAGUGUUUUUUUUUUUUUCUUUUGAGGACGAGAUGUUCGGGCCAGUUUGCGUGCACCUCGACUAGUUCUGGGGAGUGUGUCUUUUUAGUGUCUCAAAUGUCAAAUUGACCAUCUAGAAAGGGCAGGAAAACAGAAGGUUGGACAAAAUGCACAAAGUUUGCUUUGUAGGUACUACUAGGUAGACACCUUUACUUGUGACUUCACAUUCACGCUAUUGUCUUAACGGUAUUUUCAUCCAAAAAUACCCAAUGUGCAAGACAACUUAUCAUUUUCCUUAACCUUCUUGUCUAAAUGGUUCUUUGGGUAUUUCUAGUGGAAACAAGUGGUAUUUUGAUGUCUAUCUGAAGACAAAUAAUAUAGCGUGAGUUGUACAAAGUGCACAAAACUACCUUUUGCUUCCAAAGUUUUUCUUUUAUUUUUUUUGAACAGCAAAUAAAUUUUAUUACUCGAUGAGGAGAAUACAAGGAUUAAAGGGAACAAGUGAAGACGGCAUCUCAACCAAGUUGGCACCCCUCACUUUUGCUUCCAAAGUCUAGUUUGUAGGUAGACUGUUUUCUUAUUUAGAGGUGAUUCUCAUUCAUAAUAAUGUUAGACUAUUAAUUAGUAGCACUUUGUCACAAGAUAUAAUUGAUCAGAAAGCUAGGGGGGGAAAUUUGAAUCCGGAGCCUUUUACGAAGAGAAAUAUUGGUAAGUAGUAUCUUAAGCAAAUGUGAAUGGGAACCAAAGGGUUACUCAAGUAGUAACAAAAAACAACAGUGAAGGUAAAUGCCUUAAAAAACAAGUCUCUAAUUCGACUGCUAUUAAUAGAAAAAUCCUUUGGCCAGCUAUAUAGUCUAUUUUUUUUGAACAGAAGCUAUAUAGUCUAUUGAGUAACCAAACCAAAACAUACUGGUUUAUUAUUCUGGUAGUUGAUUUUUUUCUUUUUUGAGAGAACUAGUUGAUUGUUUUUUGUUAUCCAUAACAG